AUGUAAGCUUUAAAAGUAAAGAGAAGAAAGCUAGAUUAAUAAAAAGAUUUCAUAAUUGAGCCAACGGAUAAUAGGAAAUUGACAGCUUAUUUUAAGGAAAGAAUAGAGAGACUACAGGAUAGGAAGAAUGCUGUUUAAAUUUUAACUUAAAACUGCAUUUAUUAGCAAAAUCUAAGCUAUCCAAGAUUUAUCUAAUGUGCAAGAGAUGAAAAGGGAAACAAAAAGAAAAAUGAAGCUGAUUAUGAGGACAGAGAAGAAUAAAGAGAGAGGAAAAUGAAAAAGUAUGAUGAGGAUAAGGAAUAUAUGAAUGAAGCCAGAGGUCCAUUAGGAGGUGGUUCAUAUGCAGUUAGUGGUGUUUUUGAAGAUAUUACCAGAGAAAAAUUAGAGGAGUUUAUAAAAAAGAAUGGAGGUCGAUUGGUUACCUAAGUAACAACAAAGUGCGACUAUUUAAUAAUCGGAAAGCUUCUUGAUGAUGGUAGAAAAGUUUAAGAGGGAAAUAAGUACAGAAAUGCUGACAGAUUAAAAAAGAAGAUUAUGACUGAGAAAGAGUUUGAGUAGUUUUGUAGGAUCAGAUUCCAAAAUCCAGAUUUCUUAUUAGGAAGGAAAAAGAAAAAAGACACUACUAAUGCUGCUGAAGAUCAUUUUGUUGCUAAUGAUGUGAAAACUGAUGAGUUAAUUGAGAUUACUGACAUUUCAUAACUAUUGACUGAUGAAAAUAUACCUUCUUAAAAAGCAAGUGAUAUUCAAUUGCAAAAUUAACAGCAGAAGUCAGUGUCAUCUUCACUAUAGAAAAAUAGGUUAAAUUUAGCUUAGAAUAGAGUGAAUACACCAAUGACUAAUUAAAGUGAUGGAAGUUCAGAUAGUAACUGUGGAAAUUAAACUAGCUCAUUGUAAAAUGGAGCCUCAAAUUAAAUCUAGAUCAAGAAGGUAAACAAGUAGUCUAAUCUCAUAAAUUUGAUUGUGCCAAAGCAAAUUAUUCAGAGGCCUAAAAUACCAGAGUAACAGUAAUUAUGGACUGAUAAAUAUGCUCCUUAAGAAUUGAAAGAUGUGAUUGGAAACAAAGGACCGAUUAACAAUUUCAAAGAAUGGCUUUAAGAUUGGGAAGAUGUAGUUCUUCGUGGAAUGAAGAAAGAUGUGUAGCCCAAGGGAGGUUGGGGAAGGUAGAAUUAUCAAGAUCUUCCAAGGAUAAAUGCAAAGGCCUGUAUGAUUUCUGGACCUCCAGGAAUUGGUAAAUCCUCUAUAGUAAGAAUAUUUGCCAAAGACCUUGGUUAUCAUUUGAUAGAAUUCAAUGCAAGUGAUAAUAGGUCUAAAAAGACUAUUGAUGCUCUUAUAAAAGAUAUGUCUACUAGUACAACAAUCAAGAACUUUGAAAAUUAAUAAGUACAGCAAAAAUAACAGUAAAAGAAGAAAAUUCUAAUUUUAAUGGAUGAAGUUGAUGGAGUUGGUGCUAAUGACAGAGGAGGGCUGGGAGCCUUAAUUCUUAUAAUUAAAAAGACUUUAAAUCCUAUCGUAUGUAUUGCAAAUGAUGGGAAACACAGGAAACUGUAAAGUCUAGUUAACCACUGUUAUGAGCUAAAAUUCUCAAAGUAUGUAUUAAAAUUUAUUAAUUAUUUAGACCCUCGAAUGAGGAGAUGCUAAAAAGAAUAAAGCAUGUAGUAGAAAAAGAAAAUCUUAAAAUUGAUAAAGAGGCUGUUUAUCAGUAAAUAUUUGAAAUUAGUGGGCAUGAUAUGCGUUAAGUGA